AUGAACAAGUUUCGAGACCAGCCUAGCAGUUCUAGCAUGGUGAAAACACUUGAGAAGUACCACAGCUGUAGUUAUGGAUCAUUGAAAGCCAGCCAACCUGAAAAUGAGAGCCAGUAUAACUACCAUGAAUAUCUGAGGCUAAAGGCAAGAGUGGAAGUUCUGCAACGAUCACAAAGAAAUCUUCUCGGAGAAGAUUUGACCCCAUUAAACACUAAGGAGCUGGAGCAACUUGAGCACCAAUUGGAGAUGUCUUUGAGGAAGAUCAGAUCAACGAAGACUCAAUGCAUGUUGGAUCAGCUUGCUGAACUCCAAAGAAAGGAGCAAGUUCUUGCUGAAACAAAUAAAGCCUUAAGGAAAAAGUUGGAAGAAAAUGCUCAGGAAUUUCCAGUUAGGCAAAUGUGGGAAGGUGGAGCACAAACAAUUCCGUAUAAUCCCCUUCCUACACACUCUGACGAUUUCUUCCAGCCUCUUGGAUUGAACUCCACCAUGCACACCAGUUUCAGCGGAUUAAGAUAUAACCCUAUUGGCUCCGAUGAGAUGAAUGUUGCUGGUGUCAAUGGAAACAAUCCUAAUGGGCUGUUUCCAGGAUGGAUGCUGUAGUAGAAGAAAUGCAUCACCCUAAGUUUCCCACGGGUAAAAAUAAGAGAUUGAAGGCUUCAUAAGUCGUUGAGAGGACGACGAUGACCUUGAUUUGAAGAACCCAUGGAUUCUUGGCAUGUAUGUACUUAAUUUGUUUAAGAUUUUAAGCAAUCUGGAUUUGUUAUUAUUAUUUUGGUUGAAGUACAACUUUUUUGAUCUAUGUUCCAUUGAAGAUAAUCAUCAUGAAAUUUUUUUUGUUAACUUCUUUAUUUUGAUCGAAAACAUAUUUGUAGGAAUCCGUUUGUAAGGAGUUAGGUUUAAAAAAAUACAUGGUUGAUGGGAG